GUUCCCUGCUCUGACGUCAGUAAAGACUCGAUAUGCCGAAACUGUCAGAUUCUACGAUCAGUGCCCUCUGAUAUUCGAGGCGAACUUGUACACUAAACGGCUCCUUGGAUUAAAAAAAAGAACUGUUUUAUAUUUUCCACCGUCAAUGGAAAAGGAAAGGAGGGCCCCAGUCUGAGGAAGGUACAACUUGCCAACAUGAUCCUCCAUGGUUACCUCUCCAUACCUUCUUACUGGUCAUGCCUGAGGAGUUCUAGGUCUUUAUCUUCUUCACCCACCACACCAUCCUGAGGUCUCCCGUCCUCCAAUAAAGUGUGUGCAGCUCUACAGCCAUGGCCCCUAUCCCCCCUGGAAUCCGCUUUCUUUCCUCCUUCAACAAGGACCAGUGGUACAGAGCUUUCACCUUUGGCCUCACCUUCCUGCUCUAUACCAGCUUCCAUCUGUCCAGAAAACCCAUCAGCAUCGUCAAGAGUGAGCUACACAAGAAUUGUUCCCAGAUCAGUGAGCUUGCAGUGCCACAUAGCAGCCAGCAGCCCUCACUCCACAAUGAUGGAGACUGCAGCUGGAAACCCUUUGACAAGAGCAACUACAAACAACUGCUUGGAGCAAUGGACUACUCCUUCCUGUGUGCCUAUGCAAUUGGCAUGUAUCUCAGUGGAAUCAUCGGUGAGCGCCUACCCAUUCGCCUUUACCUGACGGUUGGCAUGGUGACCAGUGGGCUUUUCACCUGUCUGUUUGGUCUGGGCUAUGUCUACAAUAUCCACAGCCUUGGCUUCUACAUCUUUGUCCAGGUGGUUAAUGGCCUGGUUCAAACCACAGGUUGGCCCAGUGUGGUCACCUGCAUCGGAAACUGGUUUGGGAAGGGAAGGAGAGGGCUCAUCAUGGGGCUGUGGAACUCCCACACCUCAGUGGGCAACAUUUUGGGCUCCCUGAUUGCCGGUUACUGGGUCUCCUCCAACUGGGGCCUGUCAUUUAUUGUCCCCGGCCUCAUCAUUGCUGCGAUGGGCGUGGUCUGCUUCCUCUUCCUCAUUGAGCAUCCCAAUGACUUGAAAUCAGCCUCCUCGCAGAGCACACUUAACGGUAACACGAAGCUGGCAAAGAGCUAUAAUGGAAUGAAUGGCCAUACGGAGACGUAUCUACAGUACAAGAAGGGGAGUAAAUCACAGAGCUGGGACACGGAGCUCUUGCUGCCAGACAACGUGGGCGUGCGUGUGCCCGUGCAGCAGGUGGUCGUUGUGAAGAACGAGGGAGAGCCUUCCGCCAUCAGCUUCCUCGGGGCUCUGCAUAUCCCGGGUGUGGUGGAAUUUUCACUCUGCCUCCUGUUUGCCAAGCUGGUCAGCUACACUUUUCUCUUCUGGCUGCCCCUGUACAUCACAAAAGCAGCACACCUGGAUGCCAAGAGGGCAGGGGAUCUCUCUACUCUGUUUGAUGUGGGAGGCAUUGUUGGUGGGGUGCUGGCUGGGGUGAUCUCUGAUAAGCUGGGCAAGAGAGCAACCACCUGUGCUGUGAUGCUACUGCUGGCUGCACCCACGCUUUAUGUGUUCUCCAUGAUCAGUGAACUGGGACUGGGGCCCACUAUAGCUAUGCUACUUGUGUGUGGUGGCCUAGUGAAUGGACCUUAUGCCCUUAUCACCACUGCUGUGUCUGCAGAUCUGGGAACACACAAGAGCCUGAAGGGGAAUGCUCGAGCCCUGUCCACCGUGACGGCCAUCAUCGAUGGGACCGGAUCUGUCGGUGCGGCGGUGGGACCCCUGCUGGCUGGACUGUUGUCGGCACGAGGCUGGAAUCACGUCUUCUACAUGCUGAUGACGGCCGACGCCUUUGCUCUGCUGUUACUGCUCCGUCUGGUGGCGAAAGAACUUUGUUCACGCAAGCCCCGUCCGGGAACAGCCAUGCCGCUGAAGGAACACUGAGCACUUUGAGUCCAGAGAGAGACAGCGAGCGGGAGGGAGUGUCCACUACAGAGGACUGGGGACAUGAGCCCCUCGACCCGUCUGUGACUCCCACUGUCCAACAGUACACUGCCCUGACCUCUUGACCUCUUGACCUUAUGGCUCCGGCACAAACAGUGAGGGGACACUCCACAUGCCACUGCCCUUCUCUGCACACAUUUUUACAUCCCCCUUUUCUAUUGGAUGGAAUGUAGGUUUUUUGUGACCUUCAUAUGCUUUUUGUAUUGGCCAAAGAUCUUAUGAACUAUUACGUAGGUUCUAUAUUAAAAAAAACUAUACGUCUACACGUAUACAAAUGUAUUUUUUCAUUUCUGACAUUUUGUAUCAUCUAUUCUGUUUAAUGUUCUGCUCAUGUUUUGUUAAUUUGAAUUUCCUCAUUGAAGGAUUGUGAGAAUAUUUAUUUAUCUGUCCAUCUUUAUAUUUAAUCUGAAUGUAAUCUUGCCAAACAACAUUCUUUGUGUCUAAUAUCUCUCAGGUUGUCGAGAUGUCGAAAGUACUGCGUGUCGAUUUUUCUUUCUUUGCACAAAAGCAAUGUGAGAGAGAUCUCUGUAAGAAGCAGUGUGAGAGGUAUGUCUGUACUGCGAGAGAUUUCUCUACAACCCAGUAAAUAGACUUCUCUGUACAAAGUAGUCAGUCGAAAAUCUGCUUUGUGCAAUAGAAAAAUAUUUAGAAAGUUCUGAAUAUCACCUAGACCUUGUACAUUUUCUGAAGAUGAAUAAUGCUGUUGAUGUAGAGUGAUUGUUUGUUUCAGAGAAGUAAUGUUUCAUGUGUAUUUGUUCUAUUUAUUGCUGUAACAGAUAGUUGUUUCAUGUGCCUAAAGUGGCAUAUGACAGUUUUGAUAAGGACAUUACAUUUUGAUGUUAUUGUUAUACAUAUCAAUGUUGCUAGAAGCGGUUAUUGUACAAUAGGACCAAAGCUAAAGGCCUGCUCAAAUGAAAAGUAACAUUUCAUAAUGUAAAUCUAAGGAUACAGGAUAGAGUUUACUGUCAUUUUCACAAUAUCGUUCUGAAAUGUGCAUAUGCAUAAUUCCAUAAAUUGCCUAUAUAUGACAAUGUGAGAGCAUUCAUUUUAUGGUUAUAUCGAGAAUUUCAACAUAUUCCUCAGUUUAGUUACUGUUUUAAAUUUAUUUAUGUUUACCAGAGACAGAUGCUCAUAGAUCAAUAGAUCCUCAUAGAUCAAUAGACCCAUCCUCUUUCAUAAUCAGACUUGAACCUUAACUGAUGGUACUGGGUGGUGUUUUUCUUCUGUGGUGUUUGGUGAUUUUUUAAAUUUUUUAUCUGGUGUCCUGAGUCUGGUCUGCCCCCUGCUGGUUCUCCUGGGAGACUGCAAGGAUGGGUUGAUUUGCCUCUCGAGAAUUAAUAAAGAAAUUUAAGAACACAAA